AUGGUGGAUCAAGUGCUGCUGUCACAUUGGGCAAAUAGGAUCGAAGCUCGAGGAAACCCGCAAAAUGAGGACAUGAAUGUGUUUUUGCUUGCAAUGGAGGAAAUUAUUGAUGAUGUGCCCCCUAGUUACCGACAGAUGGUAGAUUUAUCAGAGUUUCAGAUCGGAUUUCUUAUUGACCAGCUGGAGGGGGAAUGGAAGACUUUUGCGCAAUGGUUAUGGCAGGACUGGGAAGACGACUCUCUACGUGAAUUCUGCGCAAGAAUGCGGAACGAGCAUCAGGAUCUACUCGGGGACGUUAUGGAUGAGGAGGAACAGGCAGAGAUUGCUGCAAAUCUCGCGGAUGAGGUCAUAGAUAUUAGCUCUGAUGAGGAAUCAGAUGAGGAAUCUCAGGAAGUCCAAGAUGAUGACGAAGGACCCCCGGUAGCAUCCGACAGUGACGGGGACCACAAGGAGUCAUGGAUGGUGAAUACACGAAGGCUACGGGACGCAGCUCAUGACGUAAGUGGAAGAAGAGAAGGAAAUAAUCUCGAAGAUCAGGAUGAUCGCAGGAAUCACUCAGGAGGGAACAGAAGAUACGUCGGGGAAUCGAGCUCCAGUGAGGACCGAUUUGAGCGAAUGGAGCGAUUUUUAGAAAAUAUGCUAACAUACGUGAGUCGAGAGGAGCCUACGCGGCACACGACCACAGCUUUGGAGCGAUACCGACAUUUGAGACCCCCUGUGUUCAAAGGAAGGACAGGCGAUGAUCCUAGCUCAGCCGAGUAUUGGCUGGAGCAGACCGAGAAACUACUUCAACAUCUCCAAUGCAGUGAAGAGGAGAAGGUGAGGUGUGCAACCUACACACUGGAAGAAGAAGCAGGUCGGUGGUGGCAGUCUACCGAACGAUCAUUAAUAAGGUCUCAACAGGAGCGUGAAGCUGAGAAUGAGGAUGUACCAACCUAUACUUGGGCGGGAUUCAAGGAGGAGUUUAACGCCAAGUAUUUUUCCAAGAGUUGGAAGGAAGAAAGAAUUUGGGAGUUUAUGAGGCUCAAGCAGACAGGAGAGAUGACUGUGAGUCAAUAUGAUAAUCGGUUCAUUCAACUGAUUAAGUAUGUACCCAUGUAUGAGACUGACGAGAGUCAGAAGGCACAAAAGUUUGUUUCAGGACUACAAGAACAUCUCCAACAAGUUUUAAGUGGAUGGGACGUUGAAACUUACAAAGAAGCAUUGCACCGAGCUUUGACCAUUGAGAGAAAUCUGACACGAGCCAAGAUCAUCAAGACAGAGGAAGGAAGUAAGAGCGGUAAACUAGGCAGUCCGACGACUCAACCAAGGGAUGACGGGAAGUGUCCUCGAUGUAAGAGGAAACACCCUGGGAAGAGAUGUGUCUUGCGGUGCUAUGGAUGCGGCGAAGAAGGUCACAUUGGGAGAAAUUGCCCAAAGAUCAAAGCAAUGCCCCAGGUUGGGAAUCAGGGAAAGGUGGUGUGUUACAAUUGUGGUCAACCAGGGCAUAUCUCGCGCGAUUGCUCAAAAAGACAGAAGAUGGAACCACCGAGUGGAAGUGCACAAAAUGUUCGUCCAGGCCGAGUGUACAAUCUGACUUGUGAGGACGCUGAGGCCGAUCCUGCAGUUAUUGAAGGUACACUGUUCUUUUCGAAUAUUCCAGCUCAUGCUUUAAUUGAUCCAGGUGCUACGCAUUCAUUUGUGUCGCAUGCAUCAUUAGAAGGUUUAAAAUUAGAACCUAAGGAAUUGGGUUAUCAAAUGGUAAUAGCCACUCCUAUGGGUUCAACUCUAAGAACUGCAGUAGGGUGCCGCGAGUGUAUUUUUAGUAUGGGAUCGGAAAGUUUUAAGAUUGAUUUAGUGGUAUUAGACAUUCAAGAUUUCGACAUAAUUAUCGGUAUGGAUUUCCUAUCGCUACAUGAGGCUAAAAUAGAUUGUAAGAGUAAGACCGUGAGCUUACCCAAGCUUAACAGAGAAUGGGUGGUGUUCCAGGGUCAAAGUAGGAAGACUAAGAGAGAAAAUGGCGUGAUACUGCACACAUUGCAAUCAGCCAAACCCGAAUCAGGAAAGAAAAGUCUCAAGUUGGAAUCAGUGAGGGUCGUGAAUGAGUAUCCUGAGGUAUUUCCUGAGGAAUUACCAGGAUUACCUCCCCAAAGAGAAAUUGAAUUUUCGAUAGAUCUUAUACCAGGUACACAGCCAAUAUCCAUACCUCCGUACAAGAUGGCCCCAGCUGAGAUGAGGGAAUUGAAGGAGCAAUUACAGGACUUGACCGACAAAGGAUUUAUCAGACCAAGUGUGUCACCCUGGGGAGCUCCGAUAUUGUUCGUGAAAAAGAAAGAUGGUACCCUACGUAUGUGUACUGACUACCGACAGUUGAACAAGGUAACUAUAAAGAAUAAGUACCCUUUGCCUAGGAUUGAAGAGUUGUUUGACCAACUCCAAGGAGCUAGAGUAUUUUCUAAGAUAGAUCUUCGGUCUGGGUACUAUCAAAUGAAGAUCAAACAGGAAGAUGUGCCCAAGACUGCGUUUCGGUCACGGUAUGGUCACUACGAAUAUCUAGUGAUGCCGUUUGGAUUGACCAAUGCACCUGCUGCAUUUAUGGAUUUAAUGAACCGAACGUUUAGACCAUACCUGGACAAGUUUGUAAUAGUGUUCAUAGAUGACAUUCUGAUAUACUCUGCAAGUGAGAGUAAUCAUGAAAAACAUUUAAGGAUAGUCUUGCAGACUUUAAAAGACCACAAAUUGUACGCCAAGUUCUCGAAAUGUGAAUUUUGGCUUACUCAAGUAGCAUUUCUUGGACAUAUAAUUUCUGCAGAAGGUAUAGCUGUCGAUCCAGCAAAGAUAGAAGCAGUUCAAAAAUGGCAAGCACCUAAGACCGUUGGGGAGAUCCGAAGUUUUCUUGGACUAGCUGGAUACUAUAGAAGGUUUGUAGAAGGGUUUUCAAAGAUAUCGGCUCCACUUACUCGAUUGACGCAGAAAGAAGUUAAAUUUGAAUGGAAUGCUAAAUGUGAGCAAAGUUUCCAAGAACUUAAGGCACGAUUAACCACGGCACCGAUUCUAGCAAUGCCAACGGAGGCAGGAAAGUUUGUGGUGUAUAGUGAUGCAUCGGGAAUAGGGUUAGGAUGUGUUCUAAUGCAAGAUGAAAAAGUAAUCGCUUACGGAUCUCGGCAAUUGAAAAGACAUGAGCAGAACUACCCAACUCACGACUUGGAAUUAGCAGCUAUAAUUUAUGCUUUGAAGUUAUGGAGACAUUAUCUCUACGGGGUACAAUUUGAGAUUUUUACGGACCAUAAAAGAAAGGCGAACAUAGUUGCAGACGCUCUUAGCCGAAGAAGCUCCGAAAUUGUGGCUAACAUGAUGAUCGAGGAAUUUAGCCACCUAACAGUAGGUGUUAAGCCUAAACCAAUCAAGGGAUAUAUGGCAAAUCUGACAAUUCAACCUGAUAUGGUGAAUCAAAUCAAAUCAGCUCUUCAGUCAGACACAAGAAGAAGUCAGUGGAUAGAUGAGAACGAUCAAGUUAAAGCACCUGAAUUCAGUUACCAUGGUGGUAUACUUCGAUUUCAAGGAAGAACAUACGUGCCAAGGGAUCAGGGUCUAAGACAAGUUAUCUUGGGAGAAGCUCAUCGGGCAAGAUACACAGUACAUCCCGGAUCAACAAAAAUGUAUAAGGAUCUUAGGGAAAUUUAUUGGUGGCCAGGAAUGAAGAAGGACGUGGCACGAACACCACUCUGCUGGGUAGAAACUGGAGAAGUAGGAUUAGUGGGACCCGAGAUUGUUCAGACUACUACUGAGAAGAUUAAGCAAAUACAAGAGAAAAUGAGGAUAAGUCAAAGUCGACAGAAAUCGUAUGCUGAUCAACGAAGGCGAAACUUGGAAUUUUUGGUCGGUGACAAGGCAUACUUAAAAGUCUCUCCAUUUAAAUCCGUGAUUCGAGGAAAAAGGAAAGGGAAAUUAAGCCCAAGAUUCAUAGGACCCUAUGAGAUUUUGGAGAAAAUUGGAUUAGUGGCUUACAGAUUAGCUUUACCUGUGGCAUUAUCAAAUAUCCACGACGUGUUUCAUGUGACUCAACUACGGAAACAUGAGCCAGACCCUACGCAGGUACUUCGAAAUGAGACCAUUGAGAUACGAAAUGAUCUAACGUACCCUGAGGAACCAGUUCGAAUCUUAGAUCAAAGGGAUCAAGUCUUAAGGAACAAGGUUAUUCCCUUAGUGAAGGUAUUAUGGGGUAAUCAUGACGAAGAAGAGGCAACUUGGGAACGUGAAAAAGAGAUGAAGAUUUCCUAUCCGCAUUUAUUUAACAUUGUAAAUUAG